GCGAGCAGCACGUGCACCGCGGGGACGAGUGUAUCGCCGGCGUUCGAAACGGUCGCAAGUGGAUUGAUGCCGUUUGCCUUUGCGGAAUAACGAUAACCGUCCGGAUUCGUGGAUGAAUACAGACUACAACCAGUUUAGCAGAAUGACAAUGGACGUCCACCAGCACAGAAACGUGACGACGGCCGCGUCCUCGUCGCCGCCGUCGCGGUACUCGCCGCCAGUGGCCGCCGGCAUCGCGCAGCCCGUACAGACAUCGUUGCCCGCGGCUGUGGUCGCACUGCACCAGAGGCCGCAGAAGCGAAGUUUCGACGUGGCGUUCCUGAUGGCACCGGACGACUUGAGCAAGCGAAGACCGCGGCCACUGCAGGCCACGCAGCCCAUCGCCCGGUCCGCGUUCACCAAAGUGUCGCCGGACCCGCCGUCAUCGCUGUCGCCUGCGUCGUCGCCGGCCACGCCACCUCCCUCGGAUUUCGCCGCUUACAUGCACCACGGACAGCUCCACCACCAGCAACAUCAACAGCUCCUCUCACAUCACCAGCCGCAACAGGAGUGCAGCCUCAGCCCACCACUGCCGCCGGCCGCGGCGCACUUUAUGUCACCGUUUCCGCUCGGCUUCCGGUCGCCGUUCGCGCUGAUGAUGCCGCCCCGGCCGCAGCCCACCGCGGUCGGCCAUAAAGACUAUCAGUCGCCACUCCAACCACCGCCGCCGUCGCACCACCACCAUCAGCAGCAGCAACAGCAGCAACAGCAGCAACACCAUCACCAGCUGCAGUCGCUGCCGUCGCCUUCGCCCCUGCAGUUCGGGCAAGCGGCUGCUGCAGCGGCGGCCGUGGCUGCGCUCCCGGCCAUGCUGUUGCCCGCGUCGAUCGCCGCGGCCGCGCUCACGUUGCCGUCGCAAAACGUGUGUGCCAAGUGUAACGUGAGCUUCCGCAUGACUUCCGAUCUGGUGUAUCACAUGCGAUCGCACCACAAGGGCGGCGACGGUAACAGUGGCGGUGGCGCCGGUGGCGGUAUCGGCGGCGGCGGCGUCGGCGGAGGGUCGUCGGCGGGCGUCGGUACAGAUGCCAAGAAACGACGGGACAUGGACAAGCUCCGGUGUCCGGUGUGCGACGAGAGCUUCCGGGAGCGGCACCACCUGACGCGGCACAUGACCGCCCAUCAGGACAAAGAGGGCGACCGGCUCGACGACGAGGACGACGCUCCGAUGCAGCAACAGCACCACCAGCCGCUACAGCACCAGCACCAAGGGGCUAAAUGACGUAAGGCGGCCGCGGGCGGACGGAGGCGCAACGCCUCGUACUCACGCUUUGCGGACGAUCAUCGCGUCUAGACGCCCCUCCUCUCUCAUCGCCACUCAUACGUCCUUCCCUCCCCGCCACCGACCACCCACCUCUUCCCAGCCACGUUGAGCGAAUCUCAUUGCUCGUCCGUUAAGCGUACGUUACGUCAUAUUAUCACGAUUCAGUGUAGGUGCCUCGAGUCACUGCAAACGGUGCGCAGCGGUAAAUGUUGUUCGAAUGGUGUGUUGCGUGAACUUUCGUCGUAAGUACACGAAAAAUCUAAAGCCAUACACAUAUUAUUACAUGUCCUCACGCGAAGAUCUCUCCGGUCAGACGACCCUUGUGUAAACAGGGUGUAUCACAACGAUCUGCUACAUUCAAAUGUAAUUUUAAUGUAAAACUGUCAUAUCUCCACGAUACACCGCGUAUAUAUAAUAUUAUAUAAUAUAGAUUUAUCUGACUAACAUGUAUUUACACGUAUUUAUGUCUUAAUUGAUUUAUUGGGGUUUUUUACGAACAAUUCAUAAUCUUAUCUUUAAUUCAAUAAAAUAUUCGAAAAUACAAACCAAAGUGAAAUUUUAACGAAGAUCGGACUAUAUAUAUUCUGGUGUCCUGUUACUGAAGUGUUAAUCAUAUAAUAUAAUAGUUCUUAGAAUACAUUGAAAUCAUCGAUAUAAAAAUAUUGUAUGUAUAACCUAAAUAUAGAGACCAAUAUAUAGGUACCAAUAUUAACCGUGAAUGUAUUACACUAAAUAAUAUAGGUGUAUUUAGGACCUUUUUAAAUGUAUACCCAAAUACCCAUCCAAAUUUCACACAGAUCUCGUUAUAUUAUAGUUAAUGAGAUUUGUUUUAUAGAAUUAUAAUAUUCACAACAAUUGUAAUGUAUACCUACAUAGUUGUUUCUUUUCACAUGUUUUUUAUGUUAUAGAAUCGUGUAGCUUAACGCGAAUUCGCGUUCAAAUAGGAUUAAAAAUUAACUACGACCAAGACGGCUAUAAUAAUUUUCAAUUACUUUGCAUGGAUAAUAUGUAUAUUUUUUUUUUACUCGAAUUCGAUUUUGGCCGGUCUUGUAGUUUUCUUUUUUUAUACAGCAUAUAUAUGUAUACACUUUACCCUCUAAUGCGAAAACAA